AUGGUGAUCACACUCACUCUGCUGUGGCAACGAGCUCGUCAGAUGAAUACAGCUUGGCGAUCAUCCAGCGUGUCAGCUCCAGCAGGAGUGCUCAUACUGAGCGCGCAUCCAGAUGACGAAGUCAUGUUCUUUUCGCCCAUCAUACUUUCCCUCCUCGAGGCUGGCACAGCCGUUUGGGGUCUGUGUCUCAGUCAAGGCGAUGCGGACGGACUGGGUGACGUGCGGCGCAAAGAGUUGCAGAAGGCUUACGGGACAUUGGGAGUGGACAAUGAACGAGUAACAAGCUUGAACGAUGGGCGAUUUCGAGAUGGAAUGUCGAACGAAUGGCAGGCGGAUGAGAUUGUUGGUGCGGUCAAGCAUCACCUCGAGCAUCUUGGGCGACAACAGGCGGCAUCGAUAGACACCAUCAUCACAUUCGACGCAAAAGGAGUCUCGCGUCAUCCUAAUCAUAUCGCCCUCUACCGCGCAGCGCAGCUUUGGCUUCGAUCGCAAAGCUCAUCCCAUCCCUCUCCGCGCAUCCUCGCCUUGCAAACUCUUCCUCUUUCCACCAAGUUCUUGUCCCUCUUUGGCUCCCUUUGGCAACAUCAAACGCUCCGAUGUGCCAUUCCUCACCUUGCUUCGGCAAAGCAGCGCGACUCGACGCCCGUUCGAGCUUUGCUGCCCCUGUACGGCCAGGGCGGCACGAACUACUUGACCGCGCUACGAGCUAUGAGGGAUCACGCUUCGCAACUCGUCUGGUUCAGAUACCUCUACAUACUCUUGUCCGGCCAUAUGUGGGGAAGCGUACUUUGUCCCGUAUAUGCCACGCUUCAAUGA